CCUCUCGGCUGUUACGUAAGAGAUUCGACCAAAAUGUUGCUGUUCAUUACAUUAUUGCUUCACGCCUUCUCUGGCUUUGUUUCAAGCUGUGAUUAUGGGUACCCAACACCCAUCGGUAAUCUGUUUGAAUCAGCUGCAAAGUACAAGGGAAACAAGUAUUAUCUCUCCAAGUUUUACUACUCAAACGUGGACCAAGCUGAAAGUGUAUGUUUGUCCUACGGCAUGUACUUGGUAGAAAUCAACGACGCAGGCGAAUACAAGUUUGUACAGGACAUUGCUCGGCAAGCUAGGACUAGCGGUCUGCUGAUUUCUGGAACUGACAAGGCCCAGGAAGGUACAUGGAUCUUCCAGUUCAGUAAGGAACCCGUCAAGUUUUUUGAUUGGUAUGGACCAAAUCCCGACAACUAUGGCGGUGGAGAAGAUUAUCUAUCACUAAAUAGUGUCUUUCAAAUGAAUGAUUUCUCUUAUCUGCAGCCCGGAACUUAUAAGUUCCUGUGUGAAAAAAGUGGCUGAUAAAAAAGAUUUGGUCUGAAAAUUUGGUUGUUUAGGUAAAAUGAAAAAAAGCUUAAAAAUCAUGAUUGUUUUUGAUUAAACAAUUAUUUAAAA